AUGCCGAUAUUCCGCAAUGUUAUCAUUCAUCCACAGCCCGACAACGCCGAAGACAUUGAGGCGUUUAUCGACGCUGAAUUGGAACGUUGUCUGACAAACCGCAAGCUGGUUCUAGGGGACCCUGCGCUUAUAUUCGAUAUACGGGACGCCUUGUUCAAGGGCUCGCAGGGGAUGUUUCUCUGGGCAACACUGCAAGUCCAGUCAUUGUGCUCGAUGAAGACCGACAGAGAAAUCCGCGAAGCACUCUCUAAUUUACCUCGCGAUCUCAUGCAGCUCUACGAUCAAAUACUGGAUCAGCUGCAGCAAACUGGCCGGUCGUAUCAAACAGAGAUACUCAAACUCGUUACAGCGGCGAUGCGACCACUCACGGUAAUGGAACUACAAGAAGCCCUAAGCGUCACACCCGGUGAUACAACCUGGGACCCCUCGAAGCUGCUUAACAGCGUGGAUUCGGCACUAGCGACUUGCGGUUGUCUCCUUACCGUCGACGAAGAAGACUUUACGAUACGUACAGUGCACUCGAGCGUUGAUCAGUACCUCAUACUAGGCAAUAUAGAGGGUCGACGGGGCGGUGUCCAUUUCAAUAUUAGGGAGGCUGCAACGCUCUUGUCAUCGAUAAUGGUGACCUACCUCGGCUAUGGCCUGUUUGGUACGGAGCUAUCAAGCCCCCUUCCUACGAUGCAGUUGGGAUCAGCGCCUUCCCAUAUCAUCAGCUCAACACUGAACACUUCCAAGUCCGUCCAGGGUGUUGCCUUGAAGUUUCUGAAAUCCAUGAAGCAGUCGCAAUUCGAUGCAGCGAAAACCUUCGCCGAGGGUCUCACGUUGCAGUCAAAAGUCAGCACUCAUCGAUUCCCCUUCCAGUACUUCGCGAAGCAGGCUUUGCCGUCAUAUCUAUCUAAACUCCCAGUUCUGUCCUGCAACACCUCCGAAAACUUCUUCCGGAUCUUUAAACAAGGCACGAUACGCCUAAGUUCUGUAAGGGAGGUAGUGGGAAUAACCUGGGCUGCGCUCCAACCCCCUGGAAAUACUGAUAUAACCGAUCUUCUCAAUAACUUGAGCCUCGAGGAAGAGUUGGGAGGCAAGCUGGCAAUCGAUAUGUACCUGUUGCUUCCCAACGUGCUCCUCCAAGCGAUCGAGCUCGGUCUUACAGAUCCAAUCAAGUACCUACUAGAUAUGUACCGCCCCCUCUUUCAGGACUACCCCGCCGCGGUAGAAGGGAUUCAAGGCAACGUUCCGAAGAGCUUCGACACGUACUAA